UUUUAAAAAAUUUCAUUAAAUAUUAUAAACAGGAACCCAACUUACAGUAAUGCCAACCUAAAAAAUGUAAUUCAGAAAUAACUUGUCGAAAAUCCACCAUUUUCCCUUUGUGUCUUUACCGGUGUUCAAAACACGUGCCGCGUAUUAAAAUAUCAAAAUGAAUACCGAGAAGCUGAAGAAAUUACAAUCACAAGUGCGCAUUGGAGGUAAGGGCACACCACGGCGUAAGAAGAAGGUUGUCCAUGCAACUGCUGCUACAGACGACAAGAAACUGCAGUCUUCGCUUAAAAAGCUGUCAGUAAACACUAUACCUGGUAUUGAAGAAGUUAAUAUGAUAAAAGAUGACGGUACGGUAAUACAUUUUAACAACCCCAAAGCGCAAGCAUCGCUUGCGGCUAACACUUUCGCGAUUACGGGGCAUGGCGAAAACAAGCAAAUUGCUGAAAUGCUCCCGGGUAUCCUAAGCCAGCUCGGACCUGAAGGAUUAAAUCAGUUGAAGAGGCUGGCAUCAAGUGUAGCUGCGCCAAAACCACUUGAUGAGGACGAUGAGGUACCUAACCUAGUCGGUAAUUUCGAUGAAGCCUCUAAACAGGAGGCGAAAGAAGUAAUAAUUGAAGAGAAGGAAAAAGAAAAAAAGGAACCAGAAACCAAAGCCGCCGACAAGAAAACUGAUUAAUUGACUAAUCUUUAUCAAAUUGUCUAGUUUUUAAUUUUGCUCACCCGAUAAAGUGAUACAAAAAGCUAGGGUUUCCAAAGCCAUUGGGGCAUGUCUCAAAACAAUUUUUAUUUUUUUGUUAAUAAUUAAUGUUUUGUGUUCCUAAAUAAAUGUAUUUUGAAUUUACCAUGGUUCGCAUUUAUUGUAGAGAGUAAAAUGUGUGUUCUGUGAUGUAGUCCUGUAGACAUUUAAGUUUUUUUGUAUUUAUAUUAACUCAUGACUUUGGAAAUCCCUACUCUGCCGUCUUGAUUAAAAUAUAAUGCUUCUAUCUCCUUAGCCAUGCACUAAUACCGAUGUCUUAGUUUAAACUGUAACAUACUGCAUAAUGGGAUAUUGAUUCUCUCAAUAUAGAUACUUAGUUAAGUGUUGUAAUGAACCAUUUGUUGAGAUAUUGGCAUUAUAAGUCAUUUAUACAUGGAAAGUCUAUAAACAUAUGCAUUAUUUUUGUCCUUGCACAGAAAAGAUAAUUAUGUAUAGUAAAUAAGGUGUUAGAUUAAGCACCUAAUAAUAUUUUUAAAUGAUUGUAUUUUCUAAAGUUGUUGGCUGACGUCCAAGUUUGCUUUCUCAUUUUUAAAAAGUUGAAUAUAUAGGUUUUAAAAAAUCAUAAAAAUAUAGUCACAUAGCUCUUUAGGUUACUGGAGCUAACAAUAUAAUAAAAACUUAAAAAUUGUAAAAACUGUAAAUGAUUGAAGUUUAUGUGAUGUGUUAACAAUCAUGACAUUAAAACUUUGAUCCAGGUA